CGUCAAGAUGUUGUCGAUAUUGAGGAAAGCUCGACUGAAAGACAAAGAGAUGAGGAUACUGAUGCUUGGUCUUGACAACGCUGGAAAGACCACGAUAGUGAAGAAGAUUAUGAAUGAAGAUGUCAACAGUGUGAGCCCCACGUUGGGCUUUAUCAUCAAGACGAUCGACUACGACGGCUACAAACUGAACAUUUGGGAUGUCGGCGGUCAGAAGACACUUCGCACGUACUGGAAGAACUACUUCGAGAAGACAGACACGCUCAUCUGGGUGGUUGAUGCUACUGACCGAGAGCGCCUUGUUGACUGCAGGCAAGAACUGCAUGGUCUGCUUGUCCAGGAGCGUCUUAUGGGCGCGUCUCUGCUUGUUUUCAAAAACAAAAGCGACGUCUCGGGCUGCAUGACUGAGAACGACAUUCGUGAGGGGCUACAGCUCGACAACAUCCAGACGCAUCGGUGGCAUAUUUUACCGUGCUCUGCAAUGACCGGUCAGAAUUUGCAGCAGGGUCUUGCGUGGGUUGUUCAGGAUGCGAAAGACCGUCUCUUUCUCUAUUGAUGGUCGACCGAGGAAGGCAACGCGAUGCGCAUAGUCCGAGACGACGCGCUACGCCCUACCGUUGGAAUUAGCGCCACCAUCUUGCGGCAUCGUGGUCAAUGCGAUGAUCUUGUCACGCAAACCGCACAGCUUCACCGUUAUCGAGGAUCCAAUGCAGUGGCCAAAGGGCAGCAAAGGAGUAAUAGCAAACUAGUUGGCGAAGUCGACAUGGUCGGACAGAGUGUCAACAAGCACCAACACCAGCGCGCAUUCCAGUCAAUAGGCGUUACGCACGAUCUAGAUAGACUCUAAAACUGAACAUACCCUGA